AUGGGGUCUCCUAUAGCACCAGUGGUGACUAACAUAUUCAUGGAAGAAUUUGAGCGGAAGGCAUUAGAGAAUAGUCCAUACAAACCGAAACGCUGGUGGCGAUAUGUAGAUGACGUGUUUGCUGUGGUGGCCGAUAGCGACGUGAACCCGCUACUCGCGUAUCUGAACGAGCUGCAUCCCAAGAUAAAGUUCACCAUUGAGAAGGAAUCCGAGGGAGCACUUCCUUUCCUCGAUGAGUUGGUUAUGCGGGAUCAGAACGGACAUCUGUCGCAUAAGGUGUAUAGGAAAGCCACACACACAGACAGAUACUUGCAGGCUGGCUCACAUCUUCAUCCCGCUCACCUGUCGUCAGUCCCACGUGCACUGAUUAACAGAGCUUUGCGUCUCUGUGAUCCGCAAUAUCUGCAAGGCGAGCUGCGACAUGUACGACAUGUGUUAGAGAGGAAUGGGUAUGGUUGGAGACAGAGCCAGCGGCAGAUUAGAAAUGUGCUGCGCUCUCCAAAGGACAAGGAUCCGCUGGGUAACCCGGGCGUCUACGAGAUACCAUGCGACUGCGGUAAAUCCUACAUAGGUGAAACCGGACGCAACGUGUCCACUAGACUGUUAGAACACAUACGGAGUGUAAAGAAGAUGGAAUGCAGCAACUCCGCAGUGGCAGAGCACGCCCUAGAUACAGUGUGCGUGACCGCUAAAAACGGCGCCCGGGCGCACGCCCGCGGCGUGACUACGCGGUUGUAG